CGCGCGGCAGUCGGGUAAUCAGUGUCAGGCCAAACCUAGGUCGGGGUCAGGUUGGUUUAGACCCGCUUAAGAUGGGGAAGCUGCCACCGAAGCCGAAUGACAUCCUGUCUUGGGUAGGAGCUCCCGAAGACUUCACAGAGCCGGAGGUGUUCCAGGUCCAGACGCGGCUGCUGGAAGCCUUAUUUGGCCCCGAGGGAUCUCGAAUCCCGUAUGUCGAGAAGGUGAGCAAAGUUAUGCUCGAGAUGAAGGCUCUGGAAUCUUCGGACCUCACCGAAGUCAUGGUUUACGGUCCUUACUUGUACAAGUUCCGGACCAAGUGGAUGCUCCAGUCUAUGGCAGAGUGGCACUGCCAGCGUCAGGAACGAGGGAUGCGCAGACUUGAGGAAGCCAUGAAUUCACUUGAGCUAUGUCCUCCGAUGAAGUGAAGCAACCAAAAAAACCUGGACCAGGAUGUAGAGAGUAGGCUGUGGCCAGCGCUGGAGUGGAUCUGCUCCAGCCUAACAAGCAAAAACAACAGCUACUUUCCAGUUUCUGCCUCCUGAUGUGACUCCCCCACCCAAGGUUGCUAAUUAAAGAAUAAAAUUUUAAAUGGU